GGAAUGUUGGUAGGCGUUGACUCAGCUGUGGAACAUGGCAAACUAGAUGGAAUCUGUAUACAUAGAACAACGUGGUGGAAUAUAGUAUAUUGGGACUGCUGCGAGCUGUGCGCGUACAGCCUGCGAGCUUGCCCACUUCCGGACGGUAAUGACGCCAGUAGUAGCAGCGACUCCUCCUCGUCGUCCACGUCGUCCUCGUCGUAUUCGUUCUUGGUUCCAAAUGGCUUUAGAAAUCAUAUCGACCGGCCGAUAGUUAGAAUACGCCUUGCGGAGUCUAGUUCCAGCGACUCGUCUAGUUCUUCAAGUGAUUCUAGUGGGGAUUCUAGUUCGAGCGGGGAUUCUAGUACGAGCAGUGGUUCUAGUUCGAGCGGGGAUUCUAGUAUGAGCAGUGGUUCUAGUUCGAUCGGGGAUUCUAGUUCGAACGGGGAUUCUAGCCCGAGCGGGGAUUCUAGUUCGAGUGGGGAUUCAAGUUCGAGUGGGGAUUCUAGCGCGAGCGGGGAUUCUAGUAAGAGCAGUGGUUCUAGUUCCAGCGGGGAUUCUAGUUCCAGCGGGGAUUCUAGUUCCAGCGGGGAUUCUAGUUCGAGUGGGGACUCAAGUUUGAGUGGGGAUUCUAGUUCGAGCGAGGAUUCUAACCCGAGCAGGGAUUCUAGUAGGGAUUCUGGCUCGAGCUGGGAUUCAAGUGGGGAAUCUGGUUCGAGCGGGGCUUCUAGUUCGAGCGGGGAUUCUAGCCCGAGCGGGGAUUCUAGUGGGGAUUCCGGCUCGAGCGGGGAUUCUAGUGGGGAUUCUGAUUCGAACGGGGCAUCUGGUUCAAGCGGGGAUUCAAGCUCGAGCGGGGAAUCUGCUUCCAGCGGGGAUUCUAGUUCGAGUGGGGAUUCUGGUUCGAGCGAGACUUCUGAUUCAUCAACCGCCGAUCUCGGCUCUUCUACACCAUCGAGACCUAGAUCUUUGACACCGUCCUUAUCGGAAGUUUCGUCACCAUCUCCUUCGGCAUCUCCGCCGUCUCUUGGAUCACCACAAUCGCCCUCGCCGAAAACCCGUGGGACUCCUUCUUCGCCCGCUUCCCAACCAUCGCCUUCCUCACAGCCGACGCCUACAUCAUCACAAUCCUUGUUAUCGCCGCCAACCUUUCGAUCACCUCAAUCGUCUGCUCCGAAAACACGCACAACUUCUCCGUCGCGACUUUCUUCGAAAACACCUACACCCUCUUCACCACCAUCCACGUCUUCCCCUUCAGCGCCCUCAACUCGUAGUAGAAACGAACAGAGCAGGACGAAGAGGUUUGGCGGUAGAAGCAGUAGAAAACAGGUCAGCGAGUAGUUGCGAUGGAAAAUAUAAGGGAACACAGAAUAGUUUCAACAAAUCCUAAAGGGAAAAAAUAAUGGUUGUUAAAGGGAUUGGCUCAUGUUAUGUAAAAUGCACUUUUCAUUACGAAAUAACAUGCGGCAAAUCAUUAGGAGUGUUAAAACUAAGAUUCUAAAAUCUGGAACGCUUCAGCAAAUAUUAAUAUGUGCUCAAAUAUCGUUUUUGAAGACCACAAUGUUCAUUAACGUUACUUACGCCUAUGUUGCCGCGUGAUAAAAUCAUUGACAUGAUCACGUGAUGUUAUCAAUGUAUUGUUAAAAGUUCAAAAUAUCCAUCACUUUUGUAUCAGUCUUGGUGGCCUAGUUUAGGUGGUUUCUAUUUAUAUUUUUGACUACACCGCCGUGGGUUCGCACAGCACUUAAACCCAAAUCCUUUUAUACUAUGCUAGUAAUUGUACUUUUUGGUCCAAAAACAUAAGCGAGUCCCUUUAAAAACGUUUAUUUUAUUUGAAACAAGGCAUCAUAUAAAUAAUACAAAUUGCAGUGCCCAAUGAGUGUUUUCUAUUGGAGUGACAAUUACAAAUGCACUUCUCUAUUUUCUAUAAAAAAACGUUUAUGUGUGUGGUUAUAGGUGGCAAUAUUGUGUAACUUUAUUUUUUAAAAAUGUAUAUAAUAAAGUUAUUUCAUCCCAUCAUGAACAGAGUAAAUAUCCCGAUGACUCCUGGUGUUUGUUUAACCGAAAGUAUUAUAAGAAACGAGACCAAAACAAAGGGGGCUUUUAUGCCGGUACUAAGGCCAUUUGAAAGGCCUUAUCAUUGAGGACUAAAUCCCUCUUUUUUGGAACGCGGAUAUAAUCCGGGGAUUUUAAGGG